AUGGAUUUCACAGAAUGUCAGAUGAUAUCAACAGAGAUGCUUGAGAAAAUAGCUGAGCUUGAUCACAGCAGGAACCAGCUGAGGGAGCUGAACUCUGAGAUGAGGCGCUGGCUGGAUGUGGCUGAUGAAGACAUGGCAGUGCUGCGCUCCGAGAACAGCGCACUCAAAAAACAAGUCAAAGACUUGGAGAAGAUGGUGCACAAUGCUCAGCAGGAUGAAGCAGAGUCAUGUAGGGCUCUUCUGGCUGACGACCUAGAUAUAAAGAGACGUAAUGAAGAAAAGAUUCAGACGCUGGAGCAGGAAUCCGCCAUCCUGAAAGAAGAAAAUAAAAAGCUUACUGCUGAGAACUUUGAGCUGCAGCAGCAGCAGGACAAGAUGAGCCUGAACACAUUGAAGACUUCACUCCAAACCCUUGAGAAGCUCUUGGAGUUAAAGCAUGCAGAGGAAACAGUGGAGGAAUAUUCCACCAUCAUAAAGGAUCUCAAGCUGACGAAUCAGAAGUUGAGGGAGCAGGUGGAGGCUGGACAACUAGAACUGUCACUCGCUGCUGUGAACGACCCGAUAGGAGCAAAGGAAGGAUCUGUGAGUCCUCUGUCCUUCGCAGACGAAAUUAAGCAGCUGGCCUCGUUCACUGAUGUGAUAACCUUGACAGCAGACCUCAGAGAACCACAGCACGAGGAAGCUGAGGCUGAGGAGCUGCCAAAGCCUCCAUGUUUCACAGUGGACCCUCAGACCAAAAGGUGUGCUGGUGUCUUGGACACAGUCUUCCACAAACUGACACAGUUCCUGCUGUGCCUCUUCAUUCUCACUCUUUUGGCCUUUGUAGCUUCAGGAUGCUUCACCGGAAACUCCUUCACUGACACCCUCUGGAACAAUGCACAACUGAUGUUGAAACCCUACGUCAGAGUGCAUUAUGGGUGUUUGCCUCCUGUCUGA